AUGUCUGAGUCAACUCAAACUUGGGUAGUCGUCGGCGCAUCCCGAGGCAUCGGGCUUGAGUUUGUUAAGCAGCUUCUGGAAGCUGGGCAAUCUGUAAUCGCGACAGUACGGGAUCCAGAUAACGCAAAGCAACUGUCGAGUGUGAUUCAGGCUCAGAAGAAUGACGCCAAUUGUAUGGUUGAGAAGUGUGACGUCACCAGCAGUGACAGCAUUGACAACUUUGCUGCGAGAAUCAAUACACUUGUAAAAAGUGGCACGAGACUGGACAAUAUCAUUAUCAACGCUGGCGUGCUAAAAUACCCAAGCCGAGCAACAGAAUUAACAUUCCAAGACUUUUCCUAUCAUUUAACCACCAACACCAUCGGGCCCAUCAUCUGCGCUCAGAAACUCAUCAACUUGGACCCAAACAGUCCUCCUUCCAAAGUCAUCUUCAUCUCAUCCGACUCAGGUUCAACCACCAACUUUCUCGGUCACGAAGAUGGAUUUGCGGCAUACGGGGCAAGUAAGGCCGCAUUAAACCAGUCUCUGAGACAUAUGGCACUCGAGCUAAAGAGGCGAGGCGGAAAGUGGUCCGAGACAUGUGUUCUGGCUCUUCAUCCAGGGGAGGUCAAGACUGAUAUGAGCUCUAUUGACAUUCCAUGGGACUGUGGAGUUCAGAUAGAGGCUGAUGAGAGUGUACGAGGUAUGCUCAAAGUCAUUGAGGAAAAGAAGAGCGAUGACAGCGGAACCUUUUGGUGCUGGGACGGCAGGAGCCAUCCGUGGUAA